AUGCCGCUGGGGAGCACUCUUCCCACAGGCCUCGCCCUGAGUGCACCUCUCGUGCGUCCACAGCCCCUGCAUGUGACACCACAUGACAAGGGCCCCACUCAAGACAAGUCCUUGCCACUUCUCACCGCUCCUCCCCUGCCGUCCAUUCCCCCUGCCCCUGGUCUGCCAUGGCUUCUCGGCUCGAUUCCAGGAUCCAGGGGUCCCAGAACUCCUCUGCUCCCCCCCACGUUCCUUCCCCCACUGCCGGCAAGUGUUGCCCCUUAUGAUACUGCUGCCUGUGCUCCUGCCGCAACUAUUGCCCCGGCCACUGGCGCUGCUGCUGGCGCUGUUGAGGGGCGAGGCGGUGCAGGGCAAGGCGGUGGAGGACGAGGAGGGAAAGAGAGAGCGGAUCCAGAAUAUGAGGAGGCAGAGGCGGACGGAGAGGGGGGGGAGGUGAGAGGCGUGGCAGGCAGAGAGUCCACCAAAGCACCUGCCACAGCGCGAGGGAAAGACAGCUCCCCUGCAGGCGCAUCUGGGGGAGGCGGUGCGCCAGGCAGCGGGGGAAGCAGAACUGGGGGCGGAAGGGGGCCAAGUCUAGGAGGAACGGGGCGAGGCGAGGUGACUCAGCAGCUGCAGGCGCUGCAGGCACAGGACAUGUGUGGCAAUGGCUGUGGCAGCAGCAGCCGGGCUACCGACUACUCUCCGUACAACAACCCUGUAGUACCGGUGCAGGCAGGCACCCUUGCCAGUGCUGGCAGCAGCAUGACUGGAGGACAGCUGGCGUCGUCCAAUUGGUGGGGCAGCACCGGCUCCGGCACAGGCAUGGGCACAGGCAUGGGCAUGGGGACAGGCAUGGGCAUGGGAACAGGCACGGGGCCUGCUUGGGACAGCAGCUCGGUGUUUGCUGGCGCUGGUCCCUCCAGCACCACGCCUGGCGUUGAUGGCUUCACCGCUGCUGCGGCUGCUGCAGCUGCUGCUAUGGCAGCUGCUGCUGCUGCCACUGCAGCUCCGUCCUCCUCCCACCCAUUCGCAGGGCUCCUUCCGAACCAGCCUGCCGGCCCUCAUCCUUUCCCCUCCCACUCCUUCUCCCACCCUCUGCAAUUCCUCAACUUCCACCCCUCUCACACUCUCAACCAGGACUUGCAAUCACCUCCUGACUCCCUGAAUCCCCCAUCCUCCUCGCUCAUCCCCUUCCCGUGCACGCUCCCUCCAUUCGCCAGUCACAUGCAGAAUCAGCAGCAGAUGCUGUCUCAGGGCCAGCAGCAGAACCUGCCACCGCCGUUCCAGCACCUGCCACCACACAUAGCAGCCGCUGCUGCUGCUGCCGCAGCUGCAGCAGCGGCCUCUGGGCUUCCCCCUCAGCACCCACUAACUCAAUCCCUUGCUGCCGCUGCCGCUGCCGCUGCCGCCCUGCCGGGAAACCAGCUGACACAGACCCCUCACUUCAACCACCCGCAGCAUCACUCCCACCCGUUUUUUGCCGCUGCGGCUGCAGCAGCAGCAGCCUUCCCUCACCUCCCUCCAGAAGCAGCAGCAGCAGCUGCGGCUGCAGCAGCUACUGCCAACCUGCACAUGUCAACAACCGGCAUGUCGACCCUUCCUCUUCCCACUCCUCCGUCAACCCAUUCUAUGUUCUCGCAUGACCUGCAAGGGACUGGCAGUGCAGGACCCCUACCCCCAACCUCCACAGCAGCAAUCGCCUCGGUUCAAGCCAUGCCCAUCCUUCCUCACAACCCCUUCUCCUUAUUCUCUGCAAUCUCUCCUCCCCAGCCGUCCCUUGCUGGGCCGGGGGUUCUGCACUCUGCCACACAGCCUGGACACCUUGCUGACAUGGCGGCGGGUGUAUCCUUGCUGGGAGCGGGUGGGGGAGGGGAUGGGGGGACAGGGGGUUACCCCUGGCCGGGGCAGGGGGGAGGGUUGCAUUUCUCUGCAGCGUCAAUGGCUGCGGCAGCAGCGGCUGCUGCUGCAACAGCUGCAUCAGGAGGUGGUAUGGGAGGGUGUGGUGGAGGAGAAGCAGGUGGGGGAAAUGUGGGAGGUGGUGUUGGUCCAGGGGGAGGGGGGGUGCAGAUGGAGAGGAGGGUUGAGAUGUAUGAUAGGAGGGAGGCAGCGCUGAGCAAGUUCAGGCAAAAGCGGCUUCCCCCCCUUCUUGCCAUGGCUCUCUCACUGUCGGAUAUACCCCUCGCUGCUCGGGCGACAGGAGCCGCCAUUACAGAUUCAGUAACGCUCGGUCACGCGUCUCGCGUCGACAUUCGCCUCGAUGCCGCGUCGCUCUCUCUCACCCCGGCCGCGAGACGCCUUCGUUGCUCUCGGCUCUCCGCAAGUCAAGCCUCGCUCCGUUUUAAGCCUCUCCGUCACGCGAACGGUAGCAAUGCUCGCGCGGAGACCACUUCUGUCAACUCCACCGCUGCUGCUCACUCCGUCGAUAACUCUUUAUCAACAGCUCUUUCCGAAAUUCAGCUUCCGUCAUCGUCUUCCGUGCCGCCAUCUGCAUUUGAAAGCGAAAACAAAGGAGGUGCGAGGAAGAACAGGCGAAAGGGUAGAAGGAGAGCCGUCGACGAAACUCUUCAGAAUGAGAAAAGCUGUAUUCAGGAAGGCGUCAGGCCGGCGAAUCUGAGCCCUUCUGAAACGUCGGACGCGGCGUUCGUCGCGGCUCUCACGUCCCUAGCAGCUACUCCAGAGAACGGGCGGAGGAAAACGCAGGAACGCGAGCAGGGGGACGAUGCGCAUACCAGCAGCUCCGAUGCCAAUCUAGCAGCACUUCUCGGAAAUGAUUCAGCGUGGAAAACCGGGCUGACUGGAGGCGAUGUGUCCCCCGAGUCUGGUUCGUCGUCACGGUUCGGCGCCCAUGCCAGUGACUCUGGUUCGGCUGGUGCAGCUGACGUGGCCGGCGCGGGGAAGGCGCAGCAGAUCGCGGGUGAUCCGUACGGGAAGAGGGUGCUGGGGCGGGCCGUCGUGCAGUGGAUGGCGCGCGGGAUUGCGCGGAUGGCGCAGGACGUGGCGGAGCGGGAGGCGCGCGGAGAGGAGGGGUUGGAGGGGGUGGCUGCUGGCGGAAGCAUGGCGGUGCUGGCGCUGGCGCAGGAUCACCUGCAGAGAGAGCCGAUGCCAGAUGGCGAGCAGCCGCGGUGCCACGUGGCGAUGAAUCACUACCCCACGGUACUGGACCAUCUUCAGCGGGAGCUUCAGGCGGAGCUCAAGAGACGACAUGCACAGCAGGCGGGUACGGGGGAGCAGCAGAUCAAGGCUGUUGUGAAAGCAUGGAAUGAGAGCGCUUCGUGGAACGUUCUGAAACAGCUCAUGAAAUCUGGCCAACACCGGGCUACCAUCCGCCAGCCAAUCAGCACUCUCGCCGCUUCAGCUACCGCCUCCCAGAAGCGCCAGACAAACCUCGCCGCCCUCCUCUCCCCCUCCGCACUGCAAGCCGCCCAGCAGCGAAUCAACGCCUACGUGGCAACGGCCGCGGAGCUCCUCCAAAUGGAACGAGACGCUGAGCUGGACGCAGUCGCUGCUGAGGUCAGCAACACCCAGUUAACAACUGCCUCCAGUCGUCCAGAGACUGAAGCCAUCAGCGAGGGUGCCAAAGAGAGGAGGAGGCGCAAGGAGCGAGGGGAGGUGGAGAGAGGGCUGGCGAGAGAGGGGGGCACUCUGACGGACUUAGUCGCUGUGGGAACGUCUACUGGGCUGGCCGGCGUGCAUCUCAUCACCCUCGCUUCCCCCAGCUCGGGUCUCCUUUCCGCCUCUACCCUCUCCCCGGGCGACGCCAUCUGUCUCUCCCCUGAUUGGUCCAAAUGCAGCCGCAUCGGCAGUGGGAGCAAGGCUGGUGCGCGUGCUGCUGCAGCAGCGGCGGCUGCUGUGUGCCACCGAGGGUAUGUGCACGAGAUGGGGGAAGAUGGGCAGAGCCUCGUGGUUGCACUGGACGGGAAGCUUGGCGUGGGCAGCAGCGGCACACGCAGUGGAGCGGGCACAAGUGGGUCGGAGAGUGAAGGGGAGGGCGGCAGCAGCAGCGGCGGGAGAGGGGCGUUCUCACCGCUGUAUUUGCAGGAGCUCUUUGGCGUGGCGCUCAGAGUGCAGCGCAUGUCAGGACUCGUGGACUUCACAACGUUCGAGCGCAAUUGCGAGGCACUGGAGCGACUCAAAACGUUCGCGCUCAAGCCCAAGAGCCCUGCUCGCGCCGUCGCUGCUGCCCUCUUCGCUCUCCCCCUUGCUGCUGCCCCUGCAACAGCUAUACCACCAACAUCCCCUGAAGCAUCUGGAAAUGCAGCCAGCACCCUGGCAGCCAUUCAUCUCGCCCUGGACCCUGCCCGCCCUGUGGUGGCCAUUCAGGGCCCCCCAGGCACCGGCAAGACGUCCGUUGUCACGGAGAUUAUUGCCCGGGCAGUCAGAGAGGGGCGCAGAAGGGAGAGGGAUGAGGAGGAAAAGAGGCAGGAGGAGGAGGAGGACGAGGAGGAGGAGGAGGGGGAGGGGGAGGUGGAAGGUGGGCGGGGGAUGGACACUGGAAAGCAAGCACCAGGUGAUGCAAGGACGAAGCAGCUGCGAACAAAGAAGCACCGGGUGCUGGUGUCAGCGCCCACCAACGCGGCAGUGGACGUGCUCGUGGAGCGCCUAGCCUCCCAGGGCCUGGCAGUCGCUCGGGUAGGCAACCCCAUGCGCCUCUCCCCUACCGUCACGCCCUACUCCCUGGACCACCUUGUGGCCGCCCGCCUGCGCUCCUUCCACCAAGACGUUGCCCGGCGCCGCCGCGACCUCAGGUCGGAUCUCCGCGCUGUCGGCUCCGACUCCGCCCUGCGCUCCGCGCUCCAGAAGAUGCUGCGGCGCCUGGCGCGCGUGGAGAAGCAGCGGGAGAAGGAGGAGGUCGCGCAGGUGCUGGGGGAGGCCGAGGUGAUUCUCUGCACCACCACGGGGGCCGGGGAGAAAGUGGUGCAGGACAUGGCGAGGCAGGAGGGCGGGUUCGACCUGGUGGUCCUAGAUGAGGCAGGGCAGGCAACGGAGCCGUCUAGCUGGAUACCCUUACUGCUGGGGCGACGAGCUGUGGUGGCUGGGGAUCCGUGGCAGUUGGCGCCUACAGUGCAGUCUGUGGAAGCCCAGCAGCGGGGGCUGGGGGUUUCGCUCAUGGAGAGGAUUCAGGAGGAGGGGCUGCUGGGGAGUGGUGGGGGAGAGGGGACGGUGGAGAACGGUGGGGAGCGGUGCGAUGGCAGUGUUGCUAUGCUGCGAGUGCAGUACCGCAUGCACCGAGCCAUCUCGGACUGGAGCUCUGAGGAGAUGUACCACGGGCAGCUCAUGGCCUCGCCUGCUGUUGCCAACCGCACCUUGGCUGACAUUACACUGCCUUCUCCUCCUGGCCCCCACUCCUCCUCAUCAUCAUUCCCCCAGUCCUCCUCCCACUCCCUCCCCCCUCUCCUAGCCCAUCCAAUGCUUCUGAUCGACACGCGCUCCCCCCGUGGUCUGCUGCACGAGCACUGCGAGGAGGCGCCUGAUGCAGCAGGCACGGGGUCGCUGGUCAACGAGGGCGAGGCCGACUUGGUCGUGGAUCACGUCGCUCGUCUUAUCUCAGCCGGCGUGCCACCCGGGUCCAUUGCUGUGCAGUCGCCGUACCUCGCCCAGGUGCAACUCAUCCGCCAGCGCCUCGAGGAGCGCCUGGGCGGCAUCGUUUGGCCGCACGCUGUGGCUCGGGAGGCCGGGGAGGGAGAGGGAGGAGGAGGAGGGGGUGCUGGGGAAUGGGAUGUGGGGGCGGUGGAGGUGGCUAGUGUGGAUAGCUUUCAGGGGAGGGAGGCAGACGCUGUCAUUAUCUCCAUGGUGAGUCGUCUUCCUCUGCAGGCAAGCAUGUUUUUCUGGUGUGAGAAAGUGAUGGGGUCAUGCUGA